GGAGGUGGGACAACACCACACACAAAAAUGAAGAAGUGAAGGCAGGAAAAGUUUCUCCAGAGGAAAAAUGCAGGGCUUGUCCUUCACCCUGACGUCAGAUCUGUCUCUAAUAAAAUCCCCAAAGUGCCAAGAGAAAAAGGCAGAGUCCCUAAGCUAGGUUGCCAGUUCAGGAUUGCUCUGCAUUCCCAAAGUGGUGUUUUUGUUCAAAAAAGGCUCUAAAUCUGGGUUCAAUCAAUGCAUUUAAUCCCGGCUUCCAGGGAUGAGGUGGCUUUUGCCCUGGAUUCUAGCAACAAGCAACAUUUUGCAGGCCGUUGCCCAGACCUCCACUACCAUGACCCUCACCGUCCCUGUCACGACAGAAGCCUACACACGGACUCAGUACUGUAAGUGGCCAUGCGAGUGUCCCAGGUCCCCACCUCGGUGCUCGGUAGGCGUCAGCCUGGUCACAGACGGCUGCGACUGUUGCAAGACGUGUGCCAAGCAGCGUGGAGAAAAUUGCACUGAGGCCGACACCUGUGAUUUCCACAGGGGCUUGUACUGUGACUACAGUGGAGACAGACCUAGGUACGAAAUAGGAGUAUGUGCACAGAUUGUCGGUGUAGGAUGUGUCCUCAAUGGAGUCAGAUAUAACAAUGGGGACUCAUUUCAGCCCAACUGCAAAUACAACUGCACGUGCAUUAAUGGGGCUGUGGGCUGUAUUCCCAUGUGCACAAACUCACGCCCUCCCCUUGUCUGGUGCCCAAACCCAAAGCUCAUUAAAAUGGCAGGAAAAUGCUGUGAGCAGUGGAUUUGCGAUGACUCCAAGAAAAUCAGGAAGACGUCUCCACGCCACAUCUCCUCUGCAGCGUAUGAGGGAGAGGAGGAAGCCUGGCAGAAGAACUGCAUUGUUCACACCUCAUCCUGGAGUCCCUGCUCAAAGACCUGUGGGCUGGGCAUCUCCACCAGGAUUUCCAACGACAAUGACCAGUGUCGGCUCCUGAAGGAAAGCCGCCUGUGCAACAUGCGGCCCUGCGAGGUGGAUAUAACCAAGCACAUUAAGCCUGGAAAGAAGUGCUUGGCUGUCUACAGGGCCAACGAACCAACGAACUACACCAUCUCAGGAUGUGUGAGCAAAAGUCCAUACAGACCCAAAUAUUGUGGUGUCUGCACAGACAACAGGUGCUGCACACCCUACAAGUCCAAGACUAUUGAAGUGAGGUUUGAGUGCCCCGAUGGAACUGAGUUUUCCUGGAAAGUCAUGUGGAUCAAUGCUUGUUUUUGCAACCUGAACUGCAAGAACCCCAAUGACAUCUUUGCUGACUUGGCUCAUUACCAUGAUUACUCUGAGAUCGCUAAUUAAAUUGGCUGAAUGCUGGAAUUGACCCAUUGCUCUGAUUUUACAGAGGUUUUAAAAUAAAAGGAGAAUCUUUCAUCCACUGCCAAUGUACAAUUUGUUUUUUCCUGAGUUAGGAUGUUAAAUCUCCUUGUUUUGCCACACUGGUUUUGGAAAGGCCUUGAACAAGCAGGGUUUUCAACUCUAAUAGACCUCCAUCCAUUAACGACAGCCAGAAAUUCCUCUAUGCACAGAUUCCAGGACUUAAAUGACAGUCCCGUUGGCACUGCCAGUUAUUAGGCCAGCAGUUUAAUUGCCCAAAGGAAAGAAUAGUACACUAGUAUGACAGCAAAAGCACGGCUGUCAGUAGCUUAGACAUGAGCUUCAGACAUCGUUACUGUUGUUUCUUAAAUACAGUAUAAGCUGGAAAUGAGCAUUGGCCUAUAUAUUUUAUUUUCAACGUUAGACUUCAGUCUGUGGUGGUGGUGACCCUUGGGACUAGACUCGGGUGUCUGUCACACUGACAUCACGCCUAGAAACUCCCCCUCUGUCAUUUUCAGCCAGAUCCCAUCACAGUGAAACUCAUGGGAAGAAGCAAAGGUUUCUCUUGAAAUCUGUGUUUAACCCCUGUCUCACUGCACUAGUCUGGGUCAAAGAUCUUCUGUGUCCUGCUCUCCUUAGACUCACCAUGAUCUCUUGGAGCAUCUUGUGCCAGGGGCUUUUUCACAGUUUCUCUGCCAACUCUGAUCUUGAGCAGCCUGAAUGCUCUGAAUCCAAAAUGUCCACCCCAGAGCUCGUUUUCAGAGUAGGUCCUCUUGUCCAUUGAUCACAUAUUGCUCCUAUCUUAGCUCUGCAGGGCUGAAAGAUAAAAUGUUAGCUGAGAGAUGAAGGACAAUACCUCAUGUGCCCAUUUAUUUACAUAGCAAUAGUGUGGUCUGUGCCUGGGGACCACCACCUCCUCCUCCCUGUCUUGCUACCAGCAGGCCCUGCUUCCCACUGCCACCUUGCCAGUGACACAUACCUUGUUUUACUUGGCUGGGACAGAACAAAAAUCCAGAUGUUAGGCUUCCCACCAGCUCUGUGGGUGACUGGGUGCAAAUGGGAGGACGAUCCUCGGCAUAGCUUCUGCUACAUCAGUCACAACUGGGCCACUGCUUAGAGUAAACAUCAACGUAAAUGUUUUCUGCAGAAGUGGUUUCACAUGCAAAUAUCAGCUAAGAGAAGAAAAAAAUCUCUCACUACCUUUCCAGGAAAUACAUUUAUCAUCACUGAAGGAUGGUGGAGCCAGUUUUUUCUCCAAUAAAUUGUUAGUACAGCACCCAUGCACCAUGGCACAUUUGCUGUGAGAGAGUAGACAUGUGUUUCUGCAUGGGGAACUGUAGUAUCUGCUUCCAAAAUCCCUGGCAGUACGGCAGAACUGCUGAGGGACAGUCUGGAGACUGGGCCCAUACAGGGCUGAGCUCUGGAUGAUGCAACUGUUUUAAACCGGUCAUUUAUUUGGUUUACUUUCAGUUAGCAAGUUGUCUGUCCUCAUCUUGAUAACCAGACGAAGCUAGAUUAGUUCCCAGGAGACGUAAAUCUUUCUGCUUAUGAUAAAUGAAAGUUUCUUGUGAGCAGGCUGAAAAUAAUGCAACCCCUAUGUAAAAACAUCUAGGAGAAAUGCUGUAUAUCUUCAAAAGCUGUUACUUCAAUAGCAUCUUUGUAUAGAAUGAUUUGGCUCAUAAGUUUUUCAUAGAGCUACGUCGUUCCUGAAUUCAGAGCUUUUACUAUCUUUUCUGAAGCUUCCCUGAAAUCUCCAGUGGCAGAAAAGAAGGGAGAUCCCUGUCUGCACGUUCCAGUGCAGGUACAAAGCGCCUCUCCUGUUUGUUCCUCUGGUGAUAAGGAACCUGAUGACACAAGGACUUUGCGAGAUUGAGACUCAUGACUGCCUUUGGCCUGGAUGAUGUGACAGGAGAGGUCACAUCUGACCUAUUCACCUCAACCCAAAUGGGAGCUCAGCACUUGCAAGACUGUUAAAUUUCAAACUCCCUCACGUGGUAAAAAAAGACCAUGGGGACAUAAGAAAAAGAGGCCUUAGCCAAGAAGUUGACAAUGGUUUUCCAAAAGGAAAUUCGUUUGUCCUGGGGCACUUGGUAGGGAAGCCACCCCAGGAUCUCUUUCUCAGCAAGAUCCCUGAAGCAUGACUUGGAAUCCUGUGUUCUAGUUCUGGGCCAUCUUAAAAUACCAGCUGUAUAUGUGUGUAUGCACACACACAUAUCAAUGUGUAUAUCUAUACUUACGUAGCUGUAUAUGUGCAUAUAUGUGUAUAUGCACAUAGAGAAAAUAUUAUGUGCAUGCAUUUAUAUAAAAAUGUAUAUAAAAAUGUAUAUAAAAACAUAAAGAAUCAUGUAAAUGAAUAUAUAUGUUUAUACUUGCAUAUACAUAUUCCUAUGGUGCAGCCUGUGCUGCAUAAAAUAGAGUGCAUAUAUGUGUGUUUAUAUAGUCUUUCUCUGUCUUACAUGUACACAUAAGGAAACAAGAAAAAAGGAUCAAAAGACAUACCCAAAACUGUGUCACUUAAUAGGCUUGCUUUGCUUUGCAAUUAGCUAAUGCUGUAGCCACCGUAAUCAAAUGCUGCCGUGGCUGAAACACACAGCUUUCAUUGGGAGAUAAAAGACGCUAUUGUAAGCUAAAGCAUGACCAGCAGCUCCAGUGCAUGUCGGUUUUUAGUGAAUGCC